ACAGUGUGAACAGGGCUUGAGGUGCACAGCUAUAGUUUCCUGUUAUCUGCUGUGGUGAAGGUAUGCGGACAUUGAGAGGACCGCACACCACUCCGAGGAGAUUCCGUCAGUGUGCCAGGUGCCCUCCUCAGGGGUGUGUGCCCACAGGGCUAGAGGACGGGCGCCCCUGUAUCGGUCCGGGCAGGGUGAGGAGGGCGGUGCAGGGGCGGCUGUCAGGACAGGGUGGGCGGUGUCUGGGCCGAGCUCAGUGGGAGGUGGCGGGCAGUGGCCAUGAGAUCACAGGGCCUUAUCUGAGAGGCCCCAUCUCCUUCUCAUUUCCUCCUGCCUCCAAUGAGAGUGCAGGGAGCCGGAUGCCAGCACUGCCCGGGUUACCUCAGCACACGCCCGCCACUGCCUGAGCUCCGCCCUGUGCAGGGAAACUUUCAAUGACUGCAGCUGCCCGGCUGUCCUGCCGGCAUGUCCUGAGCCCCGCAGCCCGGGCACCGAUCCUCUCCGGUGGGCACUGCUGAUCGCCGCUCUGCUCGCUGCCCCUCGGUGAAGCGGAAGAUGGGGCUGCCCCCGUUGGAGUUCAGCGAUUGUUACUUGGACAGCCCGCAAUUCCGGGAGAGGCUGAAAUCUCAUGAAACUGAGCUGGAGAAGACCAACAAGUUCAUCAAAGAGCUCAUCAAGGAUGGCAAGUCCCUGGUGGCUGCCCACAAGACUCUCUCUUCCGCAAAAAGGAAAUUUGCUGGUUCGUUGAAUGAAUUCAAAUUCCGGUGCAUUGGUGAUGCGGAAACUGAUGAUGAAAUCUGCAUUGCCAGGUCCCUGCAGGAAUUUGCUGCUGUACUGGGGAAUCUUGAAGAUGAGCGGAUGCGGAUGAUUGAAAAUGCCGGAGAAGUUCUCAUUACUCCUCUUGAAAAAUUUAGGAAGGAACAGAUUGGGGCAGCAAAGGAAGUGAAAAAGAAGUAUGACAAGGAGACUGAGAAAUACUGCAGUGUAUUGGAGAAACACAUGAACCUAUCUUCUAAGAAGAAAGAGGUUCAUCUGCAUGAGGCUGACAGCCAAGUGGACCAAAUGAGGCAGCAUUUCUAUGAGGUGUCCCUGGAGUAUGUUUUAAAAGUCCAUGAAGUUCAAGAGCGAAAAAUGUUUGAGUUUGUAGAGCCUCUUCUUGCGUUUUUGCAAGGACUCUUUACAUUUUAUCAUCAUGGCUAUGAGCUAGCCAAAGACUUCAGUGACUUCAAGACUCAGCUCACCAUCAGUAUCCAGAAUACUCGGGAUCGUUUUGAAGGAACAAGGUCUGAGGUGGAGGCACUGAUGAAGAAGAUGAAAGAAAACCCUCAUGAACAACAAACUUUCAGUCCUUAUACAAUGGAGGGAUACCUUUAUAUACAGGAGAAGAGACACUUUGGAACAUCUUGGGUCAAACAUUACUGCACCUAUCAGCGGGAUACAAGGCAAAUUACUAUUGUCCCCUUUGACCAAAAGUCUGGGGGUAAAGUGGGAGAGGAGGAAGUUGUGUUCUUGAAGUCCUGCAUACGAAGGAAAACGGACUCUAUUGAGAAGCGGUUUUGUUUUGAUGUAGAGCUUGUUGAUCGAGCUACUACAAUAACAAUGCAGGCUCUUUCAGAAGAUGACAGGCGGCUGUGGAUGGAAGCCAUGGAUGGUCGAGAACCAGUCUACAAUUCCAAUAAAGACAGACAAAGUGAAGGAUCUGCCCAGCUGGACAGUAUUGGCUUCAGCAUCAUCCGGAAGUGUAUCCAAGCUGUGGAAACAAGAGGUAUUAAUGAACAGGGGCUUUACCGAAUUGUUGGCGUGAACUCAAGAGUUCAAAAACUGUUGAGUGUCUUAAUGGAUCCCAAGAUCACUACAGAGGAUGAUACUGAAAUCUCUACAGAGUGGGAGAUCAAGACCAUCACAAGUGCUCUAAAGACUUAUUUGAGGAUGCUUCCAGGCCCCCUAAUGACAUACCAGUUUCAGAGAAGCUUCAUCAAAGCUGCUAAGCUAGAAAGCCAGGAUACCCGAAUAAAAGAAAUCCAUUGCCUCAUCCACCGGUUGCCAGAGAAGAAUCGACAGAUGUUAAACAUGUUGAUGAAGCACUUGUCAAAUGUUGCUGCUAACCACAAGCAAAACUUGAUGACUGUUGCCAACUUAGGUGUAGUUUUUGGGCCUACAUUACUACAUCCCCAAGAAGAGACUGUAGCAGCUAUCAUGGAUAUCAAAUUCCAGAACAUUGUGGUGGAAAUAAUGAUUGAAAACCAUGAAAAGAUGUUUUCCACAGUGCCGGAGAUGCCACAGCCAAACUCCCAGCUGCAUUUGUCUCGUAAAAGGAGCACUGACUCAAAGCCGCCUUCCUGCAGCGAGAGGCCUUUAACACUUUUCCACACAACACAUUCCACAGAGAAAGAAGAGAAGAGGAACAGUGUAAAUUCGAGUGCAGAGUCGGUCAGUUCUUCUAAUGCAAACAGCUCAGUGAGCUCCAGCUGUGUUCAGCGUUCCAACAUGAAUAAUCUCAACUCCAGUGAUCCUGACCUGGAAGUAAUUAAAGUGAGCCGGCCAAAUUCCCUAUUGAACCCACAAAAUAUAUCGGGCCUUUUAUCAAGUUCACUGAAUCAAAGUCCAACAUCACCACUGACCUGCCCUAUGUUUUCUGCCCCAUCAAGUCCGAUGCCUACUUCAUCAACUUCUAAUGAUUCAUCUCCUAUCAGUUUGUCAAGGAGAGCAAAAGCCUUAUAUGCAUGUAAAGCUGAACAUGAUUCUGAACUUUCAUUUACGGCGGGCACAGUGUUUGAAAAUGUUCAUCCAUCGCAGGAGCCAGGCUGGUUAGAAGGGAUGCUCAAUGGGAAGACUGGACUUAUACCUGAGAAUUACGUGGAAUUCUUAUAGCUUUAUGUUCUGCCAGCAAUCCUACGCUUUACAUGGUAUCCAUGACAACAGCUGAUGGUGUUGAAGAUUAUCUCUCUAUGCCUCCAUGAAUUACAGGGUGAAGGACUUUUCACUACCUGUUGCAGUGAAAAUUUGUGUGUAUAGCUGUACAUGUUUGAAAUGAUUUACAGUGGUGAAAUGUAUACAGAAUUGCAUUAUUUUUUAAUUUUUUUUUUAUUCUUAGCAAGGGACCAUUUUAUGUUUACUGUUGUAUUGUUUUAAUUCACUGUACUUUGUAACCACUAAAACUCAACAACACUCUGCUGGUCUGGACUAAACCAAGGAUUAUUGCAGGCUGCAUGGGCAACUUUAUUAGACAUAUAUUAAGUGUUUUUAUAUAUGCAAAAUCAAAUACAACUUGAGUGCAGAUUUUAAUGCUACCACACUUAGUGGAAACCUGUUAAUAGUUUCAUGCUGCUUGAACUACAGGCAGCAUGAAACACUGACAGGGGACCCUUGAGACAGUUAUCUAUGAUGCACUCAAAACAACUUUUCUAUUUGAGUAAACAAACUAUGACCGGGAACAGUGUUCAGAGUCAUUGGGGUGGUCUCCAUCUCUCCCCAUUACACAUGUUGGGAAAGCUCUGUCAUUCAGGGCUGGGCCUGCCACAAUGACCAGAAGCCCCUUUCCUUGCCAAAGAUAUUAUGACUACUCUAAAAUGCAUCAUAGAUCACCGCCUUAAAGAUGAUGUCUAGUGCAAAGAAAUGUAUCCCCUAUCCACAGGAUGGGGGAUAAAUAUCUGAUCAUGGGGGUCCAGAUACUGGGACCCCCGUGAUCUUCCGUACGGGGCCCCGGCUCUGCGUUGCUAAAGCACAUUUCACACCCUCACACCAGCUGGUCUAAACAUGCCCCCUACAUUUAUCUCUAUGGGAGAGCUGUGUGCUGACCUGCUGUGUGCAAAACAUUACACACAGCUGCUCGAGGCCGGGCUGAGUCAGGGCCCCAUAUGGGAGAUCGCGUGGGGUUCCAGCAGUCGGACCCCCCCCACGAUCAGACAUUUAUCCCCUAUCCUGCGGAUAGGGGAUACAUUUCUUCGCACUUGAUAUCUUCUUUAAGGUCCCUGUCAGUGUUUUAAUGCUGGCAGUGGUUUAGGCAGCAUGAAACAAGUGACUGGUUCCCUUUUUAAAUUAAUUUUAAAACAAGGAUCUCCUUUUUUUAAGGAUUGUGAUGAGCUAGAUGUACUAAGACUAUAUUACCUUUUUUUGCUAGUUUGUUUAAUUUACGUGGCUAUAGUCAAGUGAAACUGUAAGUUCCUAUAAAAAAAAUCAUUAGUAGUAAUCUAUCCUGCCUAUAACUGGCCCGGGGGUAGGUGAUAAACAAUAUAAUAAUUGGGAGGGUGUUUUAGAUAAGAAUUGGAUUUUUUACCAUUGGCUUUGUUCUUGAAUUAUCAGCUCCAAUCUGGCACCUUUGGUUGUACCAUGAGAACCACACUUUGACUCUCAGAAUCAUACAGCACAUUCUUUGUAGAAAGUCUGUGCCUCUAUGCUUUCCUUUUAUAAUACAGAAAUAAAACCAUUGAGAAAAUGAACAACCCUACUAUUUACCUUUUGCACAUUAGCUAUAGGUCAGAAGAUACAGUUAGUUUGUUCUGGGAGGUCUCUAAAUUGUUUGUUUUACUGUAUAGAAGUAGUUUUAUUUGACACAUAUUUACAUUUUAAUCUAGCAAUCUACCAAUGCUACACAAAUAUAUUAAAUAAAUAUACACUCCUUAUUUUCAAAAUAUUUCUAUAAGGGUGGUUGAAGGGGUACUCCGGUGGAAAACAAUCUUUUUCAAAUUAACUGAUGCCAGAAAGUUAAACAGAUUUAUAAAUUACUUCUAUUUAAAAAUCUUAAUCCUUCUAGUACUUAUCAGAUGCUGUAUACUACAGAGGAAGUUCUUUUCUUUUUGAAUUUCCUUUCUGUCUGACCACAGUGCUUUUUGCUGACACCUCUGUCCAGAGCAGGAUAGGUUUGCUAUGGGGAUUUGCUCCUACUCUGGACAGUUCCUGACCUGGACAGAGGUGUCAGCAGAGAGCACUGUGUUCAGAAUGAAAAGAAAUGCAAAAAGAAAAGAACUUCCUUUGGAACAUGCAUCAGCUGUUUAGUCCUGGAAGGAUUAAGAUUUUUAAAUAGAAAUAAUUUACAAAUCUGUUUAACUUUCAUUGCACCAGUUGAUUUAAAAAUAAAUUGUUUUCAACCCGAGUACCCCUAUAAGCACUUAACGACCAAGGACGUAAAUUUACGUCCUGGUUCUGCGGUACUUAGCGCACGAGGAUGUAUAUUUACGUCCUGUACAUGACCGCGAGCAUUGGAGCGAUGCUCGGAUCAUGCGCGACUGGUCCCAGCUGCUGAGCGCAGCCAGGGACCCACCGGUAAUGGCUGAGAUCCGCAAUCGUACCGAUGUCAGCCAUUAACCCCUCAGGUGUCAUGAUCAAUACAGAUCACGGCAUCUGCGGGAGUGCGGUCAGAAAUAUGGAUGAUCGGAUUGCCCGCAGCGCUGUCACGGCGAUCCGAUUAUCCAGAACGGUGCACAGAGGUCCCCUCACCUGCCUCCACCGCCUUCCACGGAGCUUCUGCUCUGGUCUGAGAUUGAGCAGACCAGUACAGAAGAUCGCUGAUAACACUGAUUCCGUGCUGAUCAGUCAAGGGUGAUUCUAUCAUAUAAGAAAGGGUUGAGAAGGUCAAGAAUGGAGAAAGGUGGAGAAUGUAUAAAAUACAGAGUCUCCUAGGACUGUAUCCACCUUUUCCAGCCCACGGGAGCACCUGAAAUCUGAACUAAUUUAUGCAGGAAAAGUUAGCAACCGCCGAGCCGAGAAGUUCAUGACGAAUCGAAUUUACUGUAAGUUCGCUCAUCUCUAAAAAGCAUUCUUAUAGAAAUAUUUGACUCUUAAAGUGUGAGGUUUUUAGGUUCUGCACUCAAGGUUGUUCAAGCUCUUUCAAUGCACUGUGUGUGCCCUGCAGAUACAGCCAUGUGCUCUUUCUCUUUUAUUGUCUGUUACUCUUUUUGUAUUUUUUAAGUUUAGAGUACUUGAGUAUAUAAAUUGCUGUAUAUUUUAUUUUGCAAAUAUAACAUUGUAAAUAGAAAGUUACGUCAAGUGCUGUGAGGUAAAGUUUUAUAUUUGAUAUUUUGUGUGCACUAAUUCAGCUCACUGGGAUGAUGUCCACUUUUCUAGAUGUUUUUUUUUAUAACCAGAGUUGCUGUAAGGUUCAAAGAAAUAAGUUGGAGUCAUGCUAACUUGUCGAUGGAAGUGACAUAGAAGUCUGUGAUGCCAUCUGAUUUUAUAAAUUAUUUUUGUACCUUGAGUCAAUUUCACUGGAUUGCCCUAUAAAAAUACUCAUGCUCAACAUGCACAUUGUCUGUUUGGGCCAGAGGUCAGCUGACGCUUCAGCCUGUCAGCUUCCUAAUAAUAGGCUGCAUUCUUAUGGAUAUACCGUCUGCCCUCAAAAAGCUGCCUUAACCUUGUGCUAUACUAUGCCUCAAUGCAGUCAGUAGUUCAUUGGCUGCUUUCUCAAUCACCUAUCCACAAAUCACCUGCCUUAAGAGUGGGGCAGAACAUUCACCCAUUACAGUAACACCACUGGCUGCGAGCAAUACUUUAAUGGGCAUGACACAUAGAUUUAAAAAGGUUGUCUGACAAUGAAACUUAUUUUCAACUGUCUAAUAAAUGACAUAUAUUGGUAAAAAAAAAAAAAAAAAAGUUAUUUUACUACCUUUCUGUGCUCCUUAAAGGGUAGCUCCCACCAUCCUAUAUUUUUUUUCUGUCCCUGCCUAUUGCCAAUCUAUCCCUAACCCCCUCCCUGCUUUUAAUUUUUCUUUUUAUUAUAUUAAAAAAAACUUUUUGUCUGCCUGGUAGUAUCUAUUGGCUGUCAGGGCAUGCUGGGAGUUGUAGUAGUGAAACAGCUGGAGGCACCCGGUGUAGAUAAACUAUAAGUUAGUGCCAUGCGGCGCUACGGCGCUAGCCCGUUCCCUCCGUCAAACCCCCAUACCCCGUUCCCUCCAUCACCCCGCUCCCUCCAUCACAAACCCCCCCAUAUCCCGUUCCCUCCAUCACAACCCCCCCACCCCCACCCCGCAUACCCCGUUCCCUCCGUUCUGAUACCUGCAGAGUCCGGCAGCGGGCGUGCAGGGACAGCGGCGGUGACGACAUGUGCGGGAGGAGUGGCCUCCCAGCCAGUGGCUGGGGAGCCAAUGCGCUCACUCCCGCCUGUCUGAUUGACAGGCAGGGAGCGAGAGCAGCCUAAAAUCAGUCCUUUUUCAGGCGUGACGUCAUGCCAGGCUGCAGCCGGCCACUAGGAGGGUGACCCCUAGUGGACGGUUUUUAAACGUAAAUUUCACCCUGAUAAUAAAAUAAAAAAAAUGACAAUAUAUUAGAGAUAUGUUGUAGUACAUAAGUACUACAACAUAUCAAAAAAUAAAGUUGGUGACAGUGCCCAUUUAAUGAUUUCCCUCUGCAUUUAACUUCCUGUAUGGUCAGGAGUAGACACUCUGUCCGGGAAUUCAGGCAAAUCUAUCUUCCUCCCACUACAUCUCCUUGACAAUAACCCCUCAUACGUAGUGAGGGGAGAUAGGAUUGGCAGAAUUUCUGGCUAGAGUGUACACAGGAACAGGAAGUAUGUUAUAGGAUGUACACCAGAGAAUUGGUUUUACGAAGACAACAGUGCAGACAGUUUGCAUCAAUAGCAGAAGAAAAGCCUAAAAGACCACAUAAAGGUAGUAAAAUAACAUUAUUUGUCAACAUAUGUAAAAAUUUUUGAGACAGAUGAAAAUAGUUUUUAUUGUAGGACAAUGAACAGGAGAGAGCACAGAGGGCUCUCUCCUGUCUGAUAGUACUCCUCUGUGCUCUCUCUUGUCUGAUAGCACUCCUCUGUGCUCUCUCCUAUCUGAUAGGACUCCUCUGUGCUCUCUCUUGUCUGAUAGGACUCCUCUGUGCUCUCUCCUGUCUGAUAGGACUCCUCUGUGCUCUCUCCUGUCUGAUAGGAGAGAGCACA